AUGUCUGAAGUACGCGAGACCUUUGUAAGGUUAAAGGUUUAUUGGUGCGAGAGGCGGACGCCGCAACAAUCAAGCGGCGGUAGUCCCGGCAUCGGCACGCAAAUGUUAGCCAUGGACGUGACCAAGGAGGCUCGAGCGUCACCGAUACCUGCCGGUGCACAGACUGCCACGGCUACCUCUACGCAGCCACCUCAGCCACAGAUCUGCGCGGGAUGCAGCAAGGUGAUAACGGAAAGGUACUUGCUGAAGGCGUUGGAUCAGCUGUGGCAUGAGGACUGUCUCAAAUGCGGUUGCUGUGACUGUCGACUCGGAGAAGUCGGGCACACGCUUUACACACGAGCGAAUCUCAUAUUAUGCAAACGUGACUAUUUGAGGCUUUUUGGAAAUACCGGGUACUGCGCAGCUUGCAACAAGGUUAUUCCCGCGUUUGAGAUGGUUAUGCGUGCGCGCAGCAACGUUUAUCAUCUUGAGUGCUUUGCAUGCCAACAGUGCAAUCAUAGAUUCUGCGUGGGCGAUCGAUUUUAUUUGUGUGAGAACAAGAUCUUAUGCGAGUACGAUUAUGAGGAGCGUUUGGUGUUUGCAAACAUGGCGUACAACCCACCGCCGCUUGCGCAUCUGAAGAGACAGACAACUCACCUACCACCGCCGCCGGCGAACAACGCAAUGGGAGGUCUUAUGAACGGCUCAAGCCGCUCUGGCGACCUCAACAACAAUAUGUCGGGCUCGUCUCCCGCGCCCUUCGCGCCUCCGCACCUUAAGCCUCUCGGCCUCUCCGCAUCCAGCUGAGACUACCGCGUGUGAGACACGGCUCAUCCCUACGUCAAGUAUCAAAACUGAGCCCU